UCUUCUCUUCUGGCAAUAUGCGGAGAUGUUGGCUGGGAUCCCUUUUGCCUCAGGCCAAAAUUUGUUGCAGAAGCGGCGGGAAAAGGCAAUGCUAUGAAGAGAAUAGUUUCAUCGGAAGUUCGGAACCGUUGAUCCGUCAAGAGACUCUGACCAAGAGAGAAUGGAAAAACGACGUUGUAAUUGAGGGUGUGCGGUUGCGGUGACUUCCCUCCACGCACCGAAUCCAGACGCGCCGUAGAUUCAAAUUUUAUACGAGAAUCUCAGUUUUAUUUAAGCUCAGUGGAGUCUGUCGUGUGUUGAUUUUCUUAUGGUCAGAAACAGGAAACAGCAAUAACAUUGCAGAGACAUACAAGCGAAACCAGUAGCGUGGUGCAGAAAUGGCUGGUGAAGCUACCGUUAUUCCUCUGCUCACACCUUAUAAGAUGGGCAAUUUCAAUCUGUCACAUAGAGUUGUUUUGGCACCACUGACUAGACAGAGAUCUUACAACUAUGUUCCUCAGCCUCAUGCUAUCUUAUAUUACUCUCAACGAGCUACUAAUGGGGGUCUUCUGAUAGCUGAAGCUGCUGGUGUUUCUGACACUGCUCAAGGGUUUGAGCGUACACCAGGCAUAUGGACCCCGGAGCAGGUGAAAGCAUGGAGACCCAUUGUGGAUGCUGUUCAUGCCAAAGGUGGUGUAUUCUUUUGUCAGAUUUGGCAUGUUGGAAGGGUUUCAAAUACAGGUUUCCAGCCAAAUGGACAAGCCCCAAUAUCUAGUACAGACAUGGGAAUGACUGACCUUUCACGAUUUACACCACCAAGAAGGCUGAGAACAGAUGAAAUCCCUCAGAUAGUCAAUGAUUUCAGACUUGCAGCCAGAAAUGCUGUGGAAGCAGGGUUUGAUGGUGUUGAGAUCCAUGGUGCUUACGGUUACCUUCUCGAUCAAUUUAUGAAAGAUCAAGUCAAUGAUCGAACAGAUGAAUAUGGCGGAUCACUGGAGAACCGAUGUCGGUUUUCACUAGAAGUUGUUAAAGCUGUUGCUGAUGAGAUAGGACCAGAGCGAGUGGGAAUUAGACUCUCACCUUUUGCAGAUUCAGAGGAAUGUGUGGACUCUAAUCCACAAGAACUUGCCUUAUACAUGGCAAAUUCUCUGAAUAAAUAUGGCAUUCUAUACUUGCACAUGGUAGAGCCCAAGAAGAUUGACAAAGAAAAAGGUGAGCGCCCUGAUAAUCUUGUGCCCGUAAGAGAGGCCUUCAGUGGCACUUUCAUUACUGCUGGAGGGUAUAAACGUGAAGAUGGGAAUAAAGCAAUUGCAGAGAGCAGAGCAGAUCUUGUGGCAUAUGGCCGAUUGUUCUUGGCGAAUCCAGAUUUGCCAAAGAGAUUUGAGAUUAAUGCUCCUCUCAAUAAGUACCACAGAGAGACAUUUUAUACUUCUGAUCCAGUUAUCGGUUAUACUGACUAUCGAUUUCUUGAAGACAAUUCUUAAUCUAGUCUCUACUUGAAGUUUUUGGAUUCAGUAGAAGGUGACAAGAGUCCGUCUCAAAAAUCCAUUUGUAACAAUAAUUUUACAAUAUCAAUAUGGCUACAAAAAGUAUUGGAAAAGGAUAGAUGCUUGUUUGUGUCUUGUCAUUUUUGUUGUUUGGUGAUGAUGCACUAUUUGGUUGCGA